UAUGUAAAGCCGCCAGAAGUUGCUUGCGUAAAUGGAAUGGCUUGCAUAAAUUUUUUACUUAUCUCAAUCCUAGGUUUUUAUUUCUUGUCUUGUCUAAAUUUUUGAUAAGAUGUUCAUCCAAAAUAUAAUUAUGAUCAGGCAUGCACUUUUAGCCAUGUGUUUCUUGAUUAUACUUCUUUCAAUGCUCUUUGCCCUUGUUCUUGCAGACCCUCUAUUCACUAUUUGUUCAUCUACUGAAUAUGGUAACUAUGAUCUGAAAAGCCCGUUCGGAAAGAACGUGAAGAUUGUCCUUGAAACCUUGCCUUCCAUCACUUCAUCAACCGGCUAUAACAGCACAGCUAUCGGUGAAUUGCCUGACAAAGUCACCGGCAAAGCACUUUGUAGGGGAGAUGUCACUUCGAGUGCUUGUCAGACGUGUUUGAGAGAUGCAAGCCAAAAACUGUUGAAAGAUUGCGAAAGUAAAGAAGCAAUCAUAUGGUAUGAACGAUGCCAAAUUCACUACUCGUUUCAGAAUAUAACUUCAUUGUAUGUUUAUGCCGGGAAGUAUCCAGACAUGGAAUCUCAUAAUAAAUCCGUAUCAGAUCCUGUUCAUUUCUAUGACAAUGUAAGGUUCCUCAUGGACAAACUGUCAAAUGCGGCGGCGCUCAAUCGUUCAAAGCUCAUGUUUGAAACUGGGGAAAUCAAGUUUUCAAGGAACGAAACCAUAUAUGGCCAUGUACAGUGCACUAGAGAUAUCAGAGAAGAUGAGUGUCAGAAAUGUUUGAGCUCUGCUUUGAUUGAUCUCAAGGGAUGCUGUUCUUCAAAGCAAGGUGGAAUUAUUGUUAGUAGGAAUUGCAAUGUAAGAUUUGAGCUGUACAAAUACUACAACACCUCAAGUCACUUGAUAACAUUCCCAACUCCUAAAGGCAGGAGUAAUUGGAAGAUGGUGGCAAUUAUUGUGUUUAUACCUACAAUGGUGCUUCCAAUAGUCAUUGGAUCUUUCAUUUUCUGUCUGAGGCGAAAAAGAAGAAGACAAAGAGACAUGGAAAGAAAUCACCUAAAAUUAUUGAAGGAAUCAGCAAGUCCAAUAGGGUUCACAACGACAGAAGAAGGUCGUUUGGUAAGUUCUGAGGACCUGCCUUUCAUGGACUUAAGUACUAUCAGAGCAGCCACAGACAACUUCUCCGACUCGAAUAAGCUUGGACAAGGUGGGUUUGGCACUGUUUAUAAGGUAAGUUGUAAAGGGGCUUCUCUGUCACAAUCCACUGAGAUUCAGCUGUCUUUGCAGUCCAACCCUCUAAAAGGAAAACCCAGUUUUUUAUUCAGUUUGACAUGGUUAAAUAUUGCUUCAGUUACACAGGAUUUUCCUCAUUGCAAAUUGUUUCAGGGUGUGUUAACAAAUGUGAAAGAAAUAGCUGUUAAAAGGCUUUCAAUAAAGUCAUGGCAAGGUUUAGAGGAGUUCAAGAACGAAUUCAUGCUAAUUGAAAAAUUACAGCACCGAAACCUGGUGAGGCUGUUGGGAUGUGGCAUGGAAGGAGAGGAAAAGCUGCUCAUAUAUGAGUUCAUGCCUAACAAAAGCCUUGAUAUUUUUAUCUUUGAUGCCGAAAGACGUGCACAGCUUGAUUGGGAGACAUGUUACAACAUAAUUGGUGGCAUUGCUAGAGGACUUCUUUAUCUACAUGAGGAUUCUCGGCUUAGAAUCAUUCACCGGGAUUUGAAACCUAGCAAUGUUCUACUGGACCACGAAAUGGUUGCCAAGAUAUCAGACUUUGGCAUGGCUAGAUUUUUCGGCGAAAACCAGAACAAAGCAAACACCAGAAGAGUAGUAGGAACAUUCGGAUACAUGGCUCCAGAGUACGCAAUGGAAGGAAUAUUCUCAGUGAAAUCGGAUGUCUUCAGCUUUGGUGUUAUACUUCUUGAGAUUAUAAGUGGGAAAAGAAGCAGUGGUUUUUACCUCACAGAGCAUGGCCAGACACUCUUAGCAUAUGCAUGGAGAUUAUGGAUUGAAGGGAAAGCAAUGGAGUUUGUGGAUCCUUUGUUGGUGGAAAGAAGCCCAGCAGAAGGGAUUUUGAGGUGCCUGCAUAUUGGGCUGUUAUGUGUGCAGAAGGAUCCAGCAGACAGGCCCACAAUGUCAUUUGUGGACUUAGCAUUGGCAAGCGACCCAAUAGCUCUUCCUCAACCACAGCAACCAGCCUUUUCUCUCAUUAAAAUUGUUCCAGCUCACAAGUCUUCAUCAACAGAUCGUUCAGUGAAUCAGAUGACAGUCUCUAGUUUCUUACCGAGGUGAUUGUCACUGAAAUUCCCACUAUGUUAAUGUGUCCGGCAACUGGCAUGGUUGGGAAUAUAUUAUUUCAAUAUAUGUUAAUGUGUCUGAUAUUCCUUUUUGAUAAAUUUGCUAUGCUGACCUAUACUUCGACUGGGAUAAUUUUUUUUUAAUAAAAAACGAGAAUAU